GCAAUUUAUUAUAAAAGGUAAUAUAUUCUUCAAAUAAUAUGGAUUUCAAGCUAUUUUUUAGUCAAAUCAUUAAACUUCUUACAUACUACUCGAAUAAAAAUCAAAACCAAGAAAACAAACAAACAAACAAUAUAUAAACAAACAAUAUACAAAUAAACUAUUAUCCAAUCAUUUAAAAAAUGAUAUUCUCAAUUGCUCUCUUCACUAUCAGAAGAAUGCCCCGACUCUUUUUAAUGAUAUUUUUAUUUAUAACAGCCUUUUUAAUGUCAUUUCUUUUGUUGGGUAGCACAAAAACAACGUCUUCAUUUUCGUCAAUAUAUUUACUUGAGUACAGAUACAACGAAACCUCACCAAUGUAUGGAUUAAUCGAAGAGGCAUAUGAAGUCAAAAAUUCAACAAAUGCUGCUUAUAUGUCCAUUAGAAUUGGAUAUUAUGGAACCUGUAUUCAACAAAACGAUGCUGAUAAUGAUGACGAAAGUUUGACUUGUGAUUAUACGCCAAACUUGGAUUUAUACAAUAAAUAUCAAGCAAUUUCUUUAUAUGGUACAUCAGAUUCGGAUGCAACUGGAUCUUUAGAUAUUGUUGGAAUUGCAACGUCAAUUCAAGAACAUGUCAUUAAACCAUACUUGUUAUGGACUUCCAUAAUUUUGAAUAUCAUAUUAUUUGUUUUUCUAUUUUAUUGCUCUUUUCCGUUUGUGCCUUACAGAGAAGCUGUCAAAAAUUUUUCAGUGAUUUUAUCUCUUGUUCUAACAUUAAUAUGGGCAGUUGGAGCAAUGUGGGCUCACAUUGCUAUCAAAUCAGGAGUUCAAUUGGUUGAGCCUUCAAGCAUGUAUAUAAUUGAAGGUAAUAUUGGAUCAAAAUCAGAAGCCUUAACUUGGACUAGUUUUACAUUUUACUGCAUUGUAUCAAUAUUUUUGAUUAUAUUACAUAUUGAUGAUAUAAAAGUCGAAUUGGAGAUAAUUGAACCCAAAGUUUAAAUUUUUUGUUUAACAUAAUAUUCAAAUUUCUUUAACUAUAUUUUUUUU